AUGUCUGCCUUUAGUUUAAUCAGAUAUAGAUCUCUUGCCAGAGGCCUGCUCAGUGGUGGGAGCAGCACAAGGAAAGCUUUGCAGGGAAGGUUAUAUUGCCAAGCUGUCAAGAAAAUGGCACCCAAGGAAACAAAAACACAGACAAAAUCUGGUCAACAUCUAUUCAAACAUGAAAGAAGACCAACAGACUUUGACAAAAAGAUACUUGUCUGGUCUGGGCAUUAUAAAAAGCAAGAGGAUAUCCCAGAAUUUCUCUCAUAUGAGGCCCUGUCUGGUGCCAGAAAUAAAGUCAGAAUUAAGAUCUGCUAUGCAAUGAUUGCAGGAACAGUCAAAGGCUGCAUUGCAAUGGUCAUAUCUGGGAAAAAAGCUUUUAAAGAAGAUAACACACUCCUCCAAAAGAAUAUUGAAAGAAAGAAACAAUGGAGAGAAGAACACUCCACAGAAUUCAAAUCCCAUUGAAUCGAAUGAUACUGAUCCAGCUCAUUGUCAUGUAUUGCUAGUGUUUAGAAUAUGGCCACAUUUAUUGCAUUUUAUAGAUGCUCAUUUUUAACAGAGCACCAGAAUCUCAGGAGUUAUUGUAAAGUGGUUUCUGU